AUGUCAGAUCAAUUUAAUCUUAAUGAAUUAAGAAAUCAAUUUUACAAUGCUACUUUGAAAUUAAACAAACUAUGUUUAUAUGAAUCAGCAAAAUGGUGUGCAGAAGCAUUAAAUGGAUUACCAAAACAAUCAAUAGAUUUACAACCACAACAACCUCAACCAAUUGAUUUGGAUGAAUUCCAAGAUCAGGGUAAGUUCAUAUUGGCCCAAACUUAUUUCAAUUGCAAAGAGUUUGAAAGAUGUGCUCAAGUACUAGAAGAAAGCAAAAGUGGUGAUGCAAAGUUCGUAAGAUUAUAUUCGUUAUUAAUUUCAAUCGAUAAACGAGCUACUGAAGAAACUGAUGGAUUAAUUAAUGUUGGACUGUUAUGCGAUUCUAGUUUGUACGAUAGUAAUGGGAAUCUAAAUGAUUAUGAUCAAGAUAAAGUUGAAAAUUCAUCAAAUAUAUCGAAUUCUAAGUUCACUAAGAUAUUGAUUGAAUCAGAAGAAUUUCUAUCACAUAAAGAGAAUGCAUUUUUAUAUUACUUGAAUGGGUUAAUAUAUAGAAAGAGAAAGAAAUUAAACGAAGCUAUCAAGAAUUUAUAUCAAUCAAUAUUAAUAUUCCCAUAUAAUUGGUCAUGUUGGAGAGAAUUAAUUGAUUCAUUUGUUACCUUUGAAGAAGCCAAUAAUUUUAUUCAAAGAGUUAAAAAGAAAAAUGAAAUUUUCUCUAAUACUCCGAUGUUUCAAUUUUUUGAGAUAGUAGUACUACAAGAAUCUCAUCAAAUACUGAAUAGAUUAUAUACGUUGAUGGAAAGACUAUCUUAUUAUUUCCCAAAUUUCACAUUCCUCAAAAUUCAAGAAUUUUUAAAUUACUACCACAACCUUAAUUACUUUGAAUCUGAAAAAGUUUUUGAUCAAAUUUUAAUAAAUGAUCCCUUGAGAUUGGAUGACCUAGAUACUUAUUCAAAUAUGUUAUAUGUAAUGGAAAAAAAAUCAAAGUUAUCAUACUUAGCACAAUAUUGCUCCCAGAUAGAUAGAUUUAGACCAGAAACAUGUUGCGUGUUAGCAAACUACUAUUCAAUGAAAUGUGAACAUGAAAAAGCUAUAAUGUAUUACAAACGAGCACUAAUACUAAAUAAAAAUUGUCUAAGUGCAUGGACAUUAAUGGGUCAUGAAUUUGUUGAACUUAAGAAUUCUCACGCUGCUAUUGAGUCAUAUAGAAGAGCAGUAGAUACAAACCCAAAAGAUUUCAGAGCUUGGUAUGGAUUAGGACAAGCCUAUGAAGUUUUAGAUAUGCAUUUAUACGCGUUAUAUUACUAUCAGAGAGCUACUAAUUUACAACCAUUAGACAAGAGAAUGUGGCAAGCUAUUGGAAAUUGUUAUGAAAAAAUAGAUCAGCUUGAAGAUGCAGUGAAAUCAUUUGAAAAAGCAUUAGCGAUUGGUAAAAUAUCCAACAAUCAAAUGGAAGGUUUAAAUGGUGAACAAAGUUAUAUAAACAAAAUAAACACAAAUGAAGAAGAUCAAGAAUUUAUGGUUGAACCACAUAUAUGCUUCCGUCUAGCUACAAUACUGGAAAAACUAAACGAUCACGAAAACACUAAAAAAUACAUGCAAUUAUGUUUUAACCAAGAGUCAGACUGGGGGAUAAGUGAUGAAACUUGUAAAGCUCGUCUAUGGUUAGCUAGAGAUUGUUUAGAGCUGGGGAAUUUUGAUGAAGCCUAUGAAUUAGCUAAGGAUCUUAAUCAUAGUAAUGCUCAUGAUGUUGAAGAAGCUAGAGCUAUAGCUAGAGAUGCUAGAAAUAGAAUGAAGAAAUGA